CCACUUCCCAUGGACUCCUGUUGGCACCUGCAGACCCAUGUGCCAGUGGCAAGCCAGCCUGUUGAAGGACUGUUGUUCCCUGUAGAAAGUAUAUAAAAUGACUGCAAUAACUUCUGCAAGAGGAAAUACAGAAGUGGUCAAUGUCAGAAGAACGGAAUCACAUGAUAUUUCUGGUAUUAUCAGUCUCAGCAGCUAUUUUACUGAAAAAACGUUUGGAAGGAUUAAUGUCAUCUAUCUUUUAGAAAAAGCUAACUUUGCUGUGACACUCAGCAAUGAGAAGAAUGAGGUUAUUGCCCAUGCUGCAUUUCUGGACUAUCCAAAUUGGAAUCUUGUUGAUCAAGCUGAUUGGGAAUCAUUCUUACAUGAAAACUACAGUGAUGAAAAGUGCACACCUCUGAAUACACUGUUUAUGCAUCUUUUUGUGGCAAAGGAUGAAUACGCAGUUGGAUGUGCCCAAGAAAUCAUUAGGACAGUUUUUAAGGCAGUACCAGAAGUGCACUUUAUUCUUCUUUUCGUACCAAAUGAUGUGGAUUUAGGCCCAGGCUUAGGAGGUUUUUUUGAGCAGAUGACGAGUGUUCCAGGUUCGACAGUUGAUGUGGACUUUACUUUGUUUGUGUGCCACAGGCACUUACAUUGUCCCCAGCUGUACAUUCGCAAAGCAAGGGUGGAAGACCAUGAUGAUCUCAUGCCUAUCUUCAUGAACCAGAAUGAAAUUCUGAGAGAAACCUAUGGAGAGUACUUCCUUGCAGAACUGAUAGACGCUCAAGAUGAAAAAAACCAUGCUGUUGUUUGUGAGGAUGAUGGCACAGCAGUAGGUUUCAUGAGUGUGUGCUCUGAAGUGAAUAUACAAUUACUUCAUGACUGUUUUGACCUGGGGCCUUUCCAUGGUCUCUGCAAACCACAUCCUGAUGAUAUUCUCAAACUACCACAGGAGCCAAGUAUUGAAACAGAUGAAGAAAAAAGCAGCCAAACAAGUCAAGAAGCAGAAUCUGUUUUAUCUCAAAACUCUGAAUGUAUUAGUGCCCAUGAUAUGGAUAUUCAGAUGGGCACUAAAACUGAAGAUGUCCUUCCCCAAACCUUGGAUAUUGUCACCUCACAUUCUACAACAGAAAGUGUUCAGAAUACUGUUUCAGAGAAGGAGGGUGUAAACACUGUUUCCAAUGCUGAAUUGCCAGUAGAUGAUGUCAUUGGCACAGAUUUGAAAGCCGCUGGGACACCUACCUUAGAGACUGACGAGAGAGAUUCCUUUCAUCCUGUGUACAGAGGAGCUGCAACUGCUUUCUGUAUUCAGCUAUUCUGUAUUGAUGAGAAACAUGAAACAAGGUCACUGGAUUUCUUGCAAUAUGUUUUCAACCUCUUUCCAGACAAAGACUUUUGCAUCAUCACAGUGCCACACCUUGUGCCAGAAUUCCUUCUGAUCCAGAAUUUUGUUCGAGUUAAUCCUUCCAGCAACUCCACUCUUGAUCAUGAGCUCUAUGUGUUUCACCGUGCAGGACUGCUCAAGUCAUUUAAGGUAAGAGCAGCGACAACUAGUGAUACACCUGCUGUUGAAAUGCUCAUCAAAACUCUUGACUUGAAUGACUGUAUACUGGAUGACUUAAAGGUCUUCACUCAGGCUCGCAGAGAUCCAGAUGGGACACCUGUCCAGGCAUUUGUAGCAGAAGUUUUGGAUCAGAUAGUUGGCAUUUCUGUUGUUAAAAAUGAAAUGGAUAUUGAAUAUAUCCGUUCACAUUACAACAUUGAAGAUUUUAUUUACUUCAAUCAUCACCAGCAGGAGGAACAUGGCCAUCUAUACCACUUUGCUCUAAAUCCCAUAUUCCAUCAUUAUACCAAAUAUUUUCUGAAAGAGAUCCUUCGCUUAGCCUACAAGUCUUGUCUCUACUACCCUAUUUAUCCACAGUCUGUGAACGGCAAGUUUCAGAAUCCCUAUGCCCAUUCCCUGACAUCUGCCCUUCAUUAUAUGGUUCCCGUGCGACCACGACGACAGAUUGUCUAUCCUCUGGAAAAGCUUGGCAUAAACGCUCCAUCAAAGCAGGUCUCCAAGGAUCAGUUAAGCUAUGCUUUGAACCACAUAAAUCGAAAGCUGAUGCUAGAGCCUAAAGUGUCUGUCAAUGCUAGAAUCGUGGUGGUUGGUGCAUCAAAUGUUGGAAUCUCCUUUCUAGAAACACUGAUUUUUUGUCCGCACCUGAAGUUUAACAAUCUGACCCUGAUUUCAACUCAUGGACUUCCAGGAAAAAAUCCACCAGACUCUAAGGACAGAGGAUUUUUAAUUCACAGCCACUGUUUUAAUGAUAAAGAUUAUGCAUUGAUGUCACUUUGUUCCUGGGUUAAUGUUGUGGUUGGUAAAAUGACUGGCAUAGACCGAGCUGCCAAACAUGUAGUGGUUUCCAAAGGGAAAAAAGUGCCAUAUGACCACCUUGUUCUCUGUACUGGGCAGCAAUACCAGGUUCCAUGUCCCACUGGAGCAGAUAUCAGUAAACUUCAGACUAACAGGGAAGUCAUACACAGCUGUAGACAAAGAUGUACUGGAGAAGUUCCUACCAAUCUCUUUAAUCUCUCUGAUGAUGAAGACUGCUUAAAGGCAGGGCACUGGUUAAAAGAAAACUUUAUCAAUUCACACGGGAAUGUCAUUGUCUAUGGGAAUACCAUUGACAUUUACUCCACAGCACAAACCCUCCUAUCUCUUGGAAUUCAUGGUUCUCGCAUACAUCUUGUGCAGCCACCGCUUAGCUCAAAUGUAACUUGCCUUAACAACAACGCAAUCGAAAAAGCUGUUAAAGAGGCGUUGUCAAAGAAUGAUGUGUAUGUCUAUUAUGACAGUAUAUUGGCACAGUGGAAUGAAGGUGACCACCCAGAUCCUAUAACAUGUGCUUCUUUCACGACUAAUACAAGACCAUUUAAACUGCAAUGUACAGCAUUCUUUAACUUUUCCAACAAGGGAGUGGAUUAUGAAACCUUCAAGGCGAUUAAUGACGCGUGCCUUGUUUAUGAUGGAAGACUUGUGAUUGAUGCCAACUUCCAUACUAAUGAUGUUACUAUCAGAGCGGCAGGUCCUUUAACCAAGUUCUCCAAUAUAUAUUAUGCAAAUGAAUGGACACACAGCAAUUUCAGUUCGAAAGAGAUUGGUUUCCAGCUAGCUGCAGCUAUGCUGAAUCUCUUUGAUCCAACUCUUGAGCCAGUUUCUGAGCCACCAGAAGAUCUGGAUAGACUCAUCCCUAUGUACAAGGGAUGUAAAAUUCAAGGGGGUGUUCUACCCGGAGGUUAUAAUUACUUGCAUAUUUUCAAACCAGGAAUCCCUACACGCUUGGAUGUACAAAUUACACAACCUAAUUAUGGGAUGGAAAUCAUAACAGGGGAUGCAACAAAGGGGAAUUACUUCAGGAUACAUGUCAACCAAUACAGUAUGGUAGAAACCAUUACCUGCCUUUCAAAGGAGCCCUUCCCUGUCUCCAACUACAUUUGUUUGUUUGGCCAGCAUGAGCGGGUCCUUAACAAUCUUUGUUCUCGCUGGAAGGAGGGAUUGAUCAAAGAUCUUUAUAGCUAUUUCAGGGAACCUUGGUCCAUGGCUAUCUAUCACGAUCGGUUUAUUGAUCUUAAGAAAGAACUGCACCAAAUCCUAAUAUCCAGCCAGGUGGAUGGCCUUCCAUCAUUGGAACAGCUAGUUCACCAGAUAGUGGAUGGCGAACUCAUUCUUGCUGAGAAACCAAAGAAAUACCUGAAAAGGUUCUUUCAGCAAAAUAUCUACAAGCAACGGGUGGAGGAAAGCAUCCUCAGUUAUCUGAAAUACAAUAAUUACCAUCUGCCUAUGUAUGCAUGGCCAGGGAUUGUUUAGUUAUGAUUGGCUAAAGGAGGCUGGCUUUUCACUCUUGAUCCAUAGGGCUCCUAACUACCAGCCCCUCUCUUAGGGAGCCCUCAGCUGGUUUUCAGACUUAGGCUGCAUUCUGCAAGCACCAUGACCUGUUCUCUUUCAAUUCUCCAGUAGGUGGAGCAGGAUUCUGAUUUCCCCUUCAGCAAGAA